CCGGGCGCUAUUUACGGUGCGGAGCCUGGCUGGCCCGGCCGGUGUGGCGGGAGCUCUCUGCUGGUCCCCUCCGUGGGCUAUUUCGGAGCUCCCACCUUCUUCACGGAGCAGCGGGUCAAGGGGGCACGAAGCCGGGAAGACCACGCUGGACUGCAGCGGCGCCAUCAGUGAAAGUGCGUCCGCCGAGCAGACUGGGGCGUAAGAGUGACGGGCACCGAGUCACAGCGCAAAACUUUUCUCGACUUCUCGGCGCGUCCUGCAGCCACGAUCCAUGCUGCCGCCGCCAUCCGGACCCUGGCCCAGCCACUGACGGCGUCUGGCGCGCGGGGAGGACCCAUGCACUGCUCGUUCCGGGGGUCGUAGGCUGCUGCUGCGCCGCGGCUCCGGGAGCGGCGGGGGCGCCGCGGCCGAGGGAGACGUCAAUGGAUCGCCACUCCAGCUACAUCUUCAUCUGGCUGCAGCUCGAACUCUGCGCCAUGGCGGUGCUGCUCACCAAAGGAGAAAUUCGAUGCUACUGUGAUGCUGCCCACUGUGUGGCAACUGGUUAUAUGUGUAAAUCUGAGCUUAGCGCCUGCUUCUCUAGACUUCUGGAUCCUCAGAACACAAAUUCCCCACUCACCCAUGGCUGCCUGGACUCUCUUGCAAGCACAGCAGACAUCUGCCAAGCCAAACAGGCCCAAAACCACUCUGGCACCACCAUGCCCACAUUGGAAUGUUGUCAUGAAGACAUGUGCAAUUACAGAGGGCUGCACGAUGUUCUCUCUCCUCCCAAGGGUGAAUCCUCAGGACAAGGAAACAGAUAUCAGCAUGAUGGUAGCAGAAACCUCAUCACCAAGGUGCAGGAGCUGACCUCCUCCAAAGAAUUGUGGUUUCGGGCAGCAGUGAUCGCAGUUCCCAUUGCUGGUGGGCUGAUCUUAGUGUUGCUGAUUAUGUUGGCCUUAAGGAUGCUCCGAAGUGAGAACAAGAGACUGCAGGAUCAGCGGCAGCAGAUGCUCUCUCGUUUGCACUACAGCUUUCAUGGACACCAUUCCAAAAAGGGCCAGGUUGCAAAGUUAGACUUGGAAUGCAUGGUGCCUGUCAGCGGGCACGAGAACUGCUGUCUGACCUGUGAUAAAAUGAGACAAGCAGACCUCAGCAACGAUAAAAUCCUCUCCCUCGUUCACUGGGGCAUGUACAGUGGUCAUGGGAAGCUGGAAUUUGUAUGACAGGGUCUUAUCUGAACUAAACUUCUUGAACCCUUGAAGGUCUUCGAGUUCUGCUGGACAGGAGCACUUUAUCUGGAGACAAACAAAGUCAUUGAAUCAUUUUUGAUAGACAAAAUGACCUCUGCAAACAGAAUCUUGGAUAUUUCUUCUGAAGGAUUAUUUGCACAGACUUGAAUACAGUCAAAUGUAUUAUUUGCUUUAAAAUUAUAAGAAGCAAAGAGAAGACUAUGUACACACUGUUACCAGGGUUAUUUGCAUCCAAGGGAGCUAGAAUUGGGUACCUAAAUAAACUAAAUGUGCUCUAUGUAAGCUCCUACAUCUUGAUUUAUUGUAAAGAUUUUUAAAAUAUAUAUAUUUUUUGUCUGAAAUUUAGUGGUGUCUUUCAUAAAUUAAAAAGUUAAAGUGGUGGGGCUAGGGAUGUUGCUCAGUGGUAGAGUGCUUGCUUAGCAUGUGUGAGGCCCUGGGUUCGAUGCCCAGCACCACAAAAAAGAAAAAUAACUUAAACUGUAAGAGUACCUGUUAAUUACACAAAUGAAGAGCUAUUGUUGCUCGUACUUUAUUUUCAACUACAGAAUUUGGCUGGAUUUUCUUUUUGUUUUAAUAAUGAGACCAAGAUCUUGUUUAUUCUCAAACAAACAUGCAAUUUUCUUAUAGCAUGGAGUUUCUUAAGUGUAUAUUGAUCAUCAUUCAGUAUCUUACCUACUUUUCUUUCAAAGGAUAAUUCUGGUAAGAUUUUUUUUUUUCCUUUUUACUUAGUCCUUGGUACUAAGGACUAAGUCCAGGGCCUUGUGCAUACUGAGCAUACACUCUACCUCUGAGCUACACCCCCGUCCAUCCCUAAGAGAAUUCUUAAAACUUAUUUAUACCAGGUCAGAUGAUUGAUGCUUUUUUGAAGUUGCCAUAGCAAAGGUAAUAUUUAUCAGCUUGAUCCAGUUCUGGGAUACCUUUAUAAAUGUGUCCACCUAUACCCUAACUAAACAUAUUUUUUGGUAAUUAAAGUUAACCACUGUCUAGUUUUACAACGGAUUGACUAUUCUGCCUCAAACCAAAUUAAAUAACUAAAUAUUUUGUCUCCCAAGUUAGCCAGACUUUAUUGUACAGUGCUCCUGGUUUUCAAAUUUUCUUCAGUAGUUCAGUUGAUUUUUUUUUUUAACUUAUUUUAAUCCUUAGAAAGGUUUUCAAUAGUAAACAUAUGCCAAUUGAGAAUUAACACAGUGCUAUUAGAUUUCUAAACCCUCAAUAAUCCUUUUAAUAUAAUCAAAUAAAACAUAGGCAUUAGCCUGUAAUUGAUGCAGCUACGUAACCCUUGCUGCCUCCUAUAAGACAUUUGGUAACACAGCCCAGCCUGAAUUUAAAACUAUACCAUAUUUGUGUACUCUUCCCUCAAAUGGAUCUUGGUUAUCUCAAAAAUGAGAAUAAUAUGCAAUGGAGGUUUUUUUCUUCAAUUCUUUUGUAUAUUUGAGAUUUUUUUUGCUUCAAAAUAGUUUAGCCUGCGUAAUUUGAGGAUGAGGUUUUCUUGUAUUAAUAUUAAAAGCAUUUUUGCAUACUUUAUUAUUAGAUUAUUUUAUGAUAAGCUUAAUUUGGGUUCCUUAAGACAGGUUCAGUAGUCAAGUUCAUGGAAGAAUCUGAAUUGAAAUGACUAGUAUAAAAAUGAGUAGAUUAUUUUGACAAUUAAUAGAUCACUGCCCCAAACAAAUUAGGCUAUGGAAUAAAUACACAUUUUAAUAAAUGACA